AUGUCUUCUCUAAGAUACACAAUUUCAUAUGACUCUAAAUCCAACUUUGAUGAGCUUAGAUGGGUCAUUCAAAUCCGUAGAACCCUUGAAGAAGAACUUGAGGAUGAUGGCGAGCUACCUGUAUCCAUCUUCAAUGUUCCCAAGCUUCUCAUGGUUAGUGAUCCAGAUUCCUACGUCCCUCAGCAAGUUGCAAUUGGCCCUUAUCAUUACUGGCGUCCAGAACUUUAUGAAAUGGAAAGGUACAAGCUUGCUGCUGCAAAAAGGUUCCAGAAACAACUGCAAAACCUGAGGUUAGAAAACCUCGUACAACAACUGACGAAGUUGGAGCAGAGGAUUCGUGCUUGCUACCGCAAGUUCUUAGAUUUCAGUGGCGAAACAUUGGUGUGGAUGAUGGCAGUUGAUGCCUCAUUCUUGCUCGAGUUCCUUCAGGUUUAUGCCAUCGAAGAAGGAUCAAAAGUACCUCGGGUUUCCUCAAGGUUUAUGUCUCAUUUGGUAGAUUAUGCAGGGAAGAAAUCGGCUCAUAAUGCAAUUUUGAGAGACUUAGUAAUGCCUGAGAAUCAACUUCCCUUGUUUGUUUUGAGAGAGAUGUUGGAGUUCAAGUUCACAUCUUUAGAAGAUGCAGAUGACUUACUGUUUUUAAUGGUUAUAGGAUUGUUGAAAGAGCUUUCUCCUUUCAAGCUGAUGGAUGAUCAUCCAAACGUCCAAGUCUCAGAAUGUGCUCACUUGUUGGAUUUCUUUUAUGACAUGAUUGUGCCCAAAUUGGAACAACAAUCUGAUAUAGUCGAAGUUGACGAGGCUCAUCAACUUGAAGAAGAGCAAGAAGAGAAUGAAAAAUCAACCUCAAAUCCAAACCAUGUUGAGAGAUUCCUAGUGAGCUCUGGAAGUUGCUUUCAAAAUAAACAAAGGGCCAAUAAAGAAGAAGAAGAAAAACCAGAAAAUGGGGAUUCAAGCUCGAAUAGUCUUAUUAAUAGAUCACCAUUAGUAGAGGAAAUUGCUAUUCCAUCAGUUUCAGAACACUUUGAUUCAGGGGUUCGUUUCUUACCCACAAAUAAAGGCAUAUCAAGCAUUGCUUUUGACACAAAAACGCGCACAUUUCACCUUCCCACCAUUAGUCUAGACGUCAAUACUGAAGUUUUGUUGAAAAAUUUAGUUGCAUAUGAAGUAUCAGCAGCUUCAGGCCCGUUGGUUGUGACAAGAUACACUGAACUGAUGAAUGGGAUUAUAGAUUCUGGGGAGGAGGUGAAGAUACUGAGAGAAAAAGGGAUUGUUCAGAACCAUUUGAAGAGUGAUGAAGAAGUAGCUAACAUGUGGAACGGGAUGAACAGGUCUCUAAGAUUGACUAAGGUGAUAUUCUUGGACAAGGCCAUUGAAGAUGUGAACAAGUACUAUAAUGGAAGAAUAAAGGUGAAAGCUUGGAAAUUAAUGAAGUUUUAUGAGUUCAGUUCAUGGCAGUGCUUGACAUUCCUGGCUGCCAUCUUGCUCUUGCUCUUGAUGACCUUGCAAACUUUCUGCUCUGUUUAUACUUGCAGUCGCAUAUUUCAGGUGGAUACUACUGAUGAAUGA